AUGUCGGCGGCCGAAAGGCUAAAGUUCCUUCUCGUUCUACUGUUCGCGGGAUGCGUCGCCGCCGCUGAUGCCGGAGAUGACUUCUCCAACAAUUUAUUCUCGGAUCUGGCGCCACUGCUGGCGCUCUUCGGAGAACGGGUCACUAUGCAGUUCAUAAGUCAGUCGACAGGCUGGGCCGACAACAUCAUCCUGGCAAUGGCUCCCCUGGGCGUGAUCACCGCCAUUGUCUGUGCGAUCAGAGUUGGCGGCCCUUCGUGGCUCAAGGCCAUCAUUGGAAGGGCAAGGGAAAGCCGCGCCGUCAUCGAGUCCGAACUGAUGUCUUCUACCUCGCAUGAGGUAUGCGAGCUCUGGAACGGCCAGCAGAUUGUUAGAGUAAUGGGGAAAGGACCGAUUCUGGAAUUCAUUAUCCUAUCGGGCAAGGGAAGCGGGGAGAAUGAGGGACAGGCGCAGACAGCGACCCGGAAGACUGGUUCAACGAGUGAAACGGAAAGCUGUCCGGCUGGUGACCAGGACACUGCCCCAAAGAUUAUGAAACUGAGGAGUGCCGAAGACUGUUUGCCGGAAUUCCAGCCCACCAUUCGAGACCUUGUCUUUGGCAACCGUCUUCUUCAACGCCAGGAUACUCAUCGGCCCAAUCUCGCCUCGCAGUUGAAGUCUGCCAUCUACGACAUGUUCGGCAAGAGUGCUCUGCCGGGCCAGGACCCCGAGACUGCUCCACUAGGCCCCUCUGCACCUACGCCGCAGAAAGUGCAUGCCGUUAUUCGGAAUACGGAAGCCCAUACACCAAACCUCACCCUCAAUGUUCACAACCAAGUAGGCAGAGGAGAGCUAUACAUAGUCGCCGCAUGCGGUACUGUUCUUCAGCUCGGCGUCCUCGUCUAUUCUGGACUAGCUGCCCGCCUCCUCAUGUUCACCAAGGAUGGAAACCCCGUCGCGGAAUACGCCUUUCCAUGUACCGCGGUUGGUGCGCUGCUCUUGGUCGUUGGCAUACUGGUUUGCUCUCACGUUGUCGAGAGCGCCACGUCGGAAACGAGGUACCGUCCAAAGGAUGGGAUGGAGGCUCGAGUUGUAUGGCUGCAGCGAUCUGGGACCGUCAACGACCAGUCAUUUGAGCCCUUUGCAAUUUUCCCUCGGAAACCACAACCUAUAAUAACGACUUCUCACCGAGCCAGCCAACGGAAGCAAGGACGAAGAACGAUGGCGUCGAUAUUCUCUGCCCUCUCGGUGGGCAUUUUCGGCAUGGUUGGAGCCACGGUCGAAGAACUUGUAACAGUCGUUGCCGUGUUUGUCAGCGUCAGCGGCUUUAUCCUGCAGUUCACCGGGUUGCGCGCGAUGCACUGGUCGGCCUCGGUUACUCAACUUGGCGCAACUGCCCUGAUGACUAUUCUCAGGGCAUGGGUCCGCCGCAAUCUCGCAGAAAAUCCAAAGGCCCUACCACUUGUUCCCGGACAUGAGCUAGAUUGGCUGGCGAUGACCCUCGGAGGGAAGAACUCGGACGCCCCUUGGCUGCGCCCCCCCAAAGUUGAUGGGCAAUGGGACAAACGAAGCAGACCUUGGGCGGACAAUGGUCAUUGCGACUGGAGAAUCGCAGCGGUGGAAGAUCCGGCGGGCAUUGUCCCGACCCAGAGCAAGGGUUCCGGUUCCUGGUCAAAUGCCCACAGGGUGAUGGAGAUACGGAGAGAUCUUGGUGAGCUUGCCGACUGGCACGGACCGGCAUCCACAGAAGCCAUAUCCUUGGCCCGCGCCAUCGAGGAGACGAUGGAUGCCCUCUUCGGUCCUGAUUCUGCAAGCGGGGAGUUCACCUGGUCACUCAAGGCUCUCUGGUCUCUUGAACGGCCCGACUACGAGUCGAUACCCUUUCAUGUCAAACGGCAUGGCGGGAGGUGGAGGGCAUACUCGGACGAGAUCGAAGCAGCGCUCUCGCUGUGGCUUUACUCCGUCGACAAGCAGGAGAACAACGUUGAAGUGGCAAAGGAAAAAAAGCAGAAGGAGUCACUGGAUGUCAGGGAGACCCAAGGGAAGGACGGCGGAGAAAGGCCCAAAGACGACGCUUGGCUGCGGAAAGAGACCUCAGCAAAGCCUAGCCUCCGGCUUCUAGGCUCGCAUACGGCGGCUCUUUAUCGAGACCUCCAGUGGUGGUUGCCUGACGGUGCCGCCAGAGUCAUCGAGGUGGAUGACAUCAAGCCGGAAAACGACAGCAGCACAAUGGAGGUGGAGGCCCACCGAAUUGUCGGAUUCGCGUCCGGCGUCAGACUUCCUCCCGCAGACGUCGACAUAUAUCUGUACGAGCGGAAGUCUCCCGAAGCCCCCUGCGAAGAUGCUCCCCUGGCAGUCGAAUCAUACAGUCCUUUGAAGACACUAUACGCCCAGCACAUGUUCUCCGCCUUCAUGUGGGCUGCGGCGGAGGCGAUGAAGCGAAUAGAGGACAGAGCAGAUGUGCGGCCUGCACAAAGAGAUGGCGAAAGGGGCGAACCAGCAUGGCAAUCAAUUGCACUACGCAACACCCGGCUUUCCAAGAUGGCUCAGGACAUCCAUGCCACCGGACUCGGAAGCCUGGAAGAAAUCUAUUUGGCCAUCAUUCCCCCACUAAGUGUGCGGCAGAAGCUUCCGCAAGCUGACGCGAUCGUCGAGUUGGCGCGACAACAUGCCAAGCAACACGAGGAGUUGCAGCAUUGGAAGCAGGCUGGCGACGCGUAUUUGUGGCUUUUUCGAAUGGCAAAAACAUUCCCGGAGCAGAGUCGCAUUACCACCAAGGCUACAGCCGUGUUGAUGGAAUAUCUGAGAACGGUCACUCGAGCUUUCGAAUUGAGAGAAGCUCAACAAUACGAGGAAGGAGACAUCCGGGAGCUGGAAGAGCUGAGAUCGGAUCUCGAAAAGGAGCUGAGGACUGCUGGCCGGGGAGCCUUGUCGGGCCUUAUGAGAUUAUAUGAGCACCAGGGCCGUCAUUGGACAUGUGUCCCUGUGCAGGAGGCCCGGUGUGGCUGGGUAGACGACACAACUUACCCCGAAACGUUCAACUUUACGGAGCUGCAUCAGAAUGCCGGAUCCGGGUACUGGUGGGACCUCCGAGAGGUUUUGGAAAGGGGAAACGAUGCGAACCCGAAGGAUAUCCACGACUGGACGCCGCUCCAUUACGCUGCAGCGACGGGAUCAGACACAGGCACCACCGAAAUACUACUAAAAUGUCGAGCGGAUGUCAAUCCCAUUGACCUUCUCGGGUGGACACCGCUACACUACGCCUGUCAAACCGGCCGAACUGCAGCUGUGCAGAUUCUCCUCAUCCGAGGCGCAGAACAUGUGCGUGGCAAAGAUGGAAUGGCACCGCUGCACUGUGCAGCAAUGGGUGGCCAUCUGGAUGUGGUGAGGCAGUUGACUGAAUCAGGAGCAGCUCUCAACGUCCUGGACGCCUCGGGGACCACUCCAUUACACUGGGCUGCAUAUGAUGGGCAUAAGGACGUCGUUGAAUAUCUACGGCAAGACGCGAACAAGAAGCUGCGAGACCAUUACGGCAGGACUGUCUUGCAUCUGGCAGCGGUAGCGGGAAUGGCGGAAGUGGUUCGGCUGCUUAAGGGUGCCGAAAAGGAAGCGAAGGAUCGUAACGGGCGGACGCCACUGCAUUUGGCCGCGCAAAAAGGACAUGAGGCCGUCGCAAGGCUGCUCGCCGCGGAGUUGGGCGCCGAAAAGGAAGCAAAGGACCUUGGGGGGCAAACGCCGCUGCAUUUGGCCGCGCAGAAAGGGCAUGAGGCCGCCGCGAGGCUGCUCGUAGAGGCGGGCGCCGAUAAGGAAGCAAAGGAUCCUCUCAACGUCCUGGACGCCUCGGGGACCACUCCAUUACACUGGGCUGCAUAUGAUGGGCAUAAGGACGUCGUUGAAUAUCUACGGCAAGACGCGAACAAGAAGCUGCGAGACCAUUACGGCAGGACUGUCUUGCAUCUGGCAGCGGUAGCGGGAAUGGCGGAAGUGGUUCGGCUGCUUAAGGGUGCCGAAAAGGAAGCGAAGGAUCGUAACGGGCGGACGCCACUGCAUUUGGCCGCGCAAAAAGGACAUGAGGCCGUCGCAAGGCUGCUCGCCGCGGAGUUGGGCGCCGAAAAGGAAGCAAAGGACCUUGGGGGGCAAACGCCGCUGCAUUUGGCCGCGCAGAAAGGGCAUGAGGCCGCCGCGAGGCUGCUCGUAGAGGCGGGCGCCGAUAAGGAAGCAAAGGAUCGUUACAAGCGGACGCCGCUGCAUUGGGCUGCGUUAGGAGGGCAUGAGGCCGUUGCGAGGCUGCUCGUGGAGGCGGGCGCCGAUAAGGAGGCGAAAAACGAUAGCGGGAGGACGCCGCUGCAUUGGGCCGCGUUAGGAGGGCAUAAGGCCGUUGCAAAGCUGCUCGUAGAGGCGGGCGCCGAUAAGGAGGCGAAAAACGAUAGCGGGUGGACGCCGCUGCAUUGGGCCGCGCUAAAAGGGCAUGAGGCCGUUGCGAGGCUGCUCGUGGAGGCGGGCGUCGAUAAGGAGGCGAAAGACAAAGACGGGCGUACGCCGCUGGACCUGGUCCCGCCGAGAUGGCACGACGCGGUCGCGAGGCUACUCCUCGCUUGAUUGAACGCCGAUAAGGAUAUAACAAAUUAUUGCGAGCGUAUGCCCC